AUGCGUUCCAACGAUGUUCUUGAAAAAGGGAAAAUUGUUGCACAACUCAAUCAUCAGAAAAUCCGUAAUCGCAUUAUGCCGGUUGCUGUGGACUUUGAUCAACUGAUCGGAGAACCUCGGCGUGUACCAGGCAUUGGUUGGGCAGUUCCAUGUGAUGUAGUGGGACUGGACAGCAAGAAGGCGAAAUCUGUGAAGGUUCGUUUCCACCCAUCACUUGUGGAGCUGAGUCGUGCGGAUCAAUCGAUCACAUCUGCCGCGUUGAGGGAUGCUCUGAAGGUUAGUUCGAUAUGGGUUUUCAACAUGCGAAACAACGAUUAUUGUGAA